CUAGUUUGCAAAAUUUUCUGUAGAUGGCAAACAACAACAACCCUUUUAACCUGCGUUACAUCCUGGAAAAUAAUAAGUUAUCCGGGACCAACUUUCUUGACUGGGAGAUGAAUCUCCGAAUCAUUCUUAACUGUGAGAGGAAACUCUACAUCCUCGAAACGGAUCCUCCCAAGACCCCUGAUGCUAAUGCUCGUGCGUCCGAACUCACUUCCUUCAAGAAGUAUGAGGACGACGCGCGAGAUGUAAAGUGUAUCAUUAUGGCCAGUAUGACCGCGCAGCUCCAAAGGCUCCACGCGGACAUGGAAGUGCGUCCUAUGAUACAAUGCUUAAGAGACCUUUACCAGGGUCAACCCCAAAACUCAGAACUUGCAUGAAUGUAGUCAAUUGACGGAGGGAGAGAUACAAUUAAAAGUCAGCAAUGGCGCACUCGUCUAUGCAUUGGCCGUCGGAACCUAUAGUUUAUCUCUACGUAGUGGUCUAAUAUUGCAUUUGAAUAAUUGUCUCUUUGUACCUAGUAUGAACAGAAACAUCAUUUCUGUAUCCUGCCUUGACAAAGCAGGAUUUUC